GUUCGAUUUCGUGUGCGGACGUCGACUGUCAGACGGCUCCAAGAAUUUAGCCGGGAAAUCGGGGAAAAUCAAAAUAAAAAAACUCAGGCAAAAUUGGCAAGGCGUGUUUACAGUUUAAUUUCCUUACGUACCAACAGCUAAAUAAAUAUGUAAAAGUCAUUUAGUGGAAAAGAAAAUAUACAUCAUACAUUUCUUUAUAUUGCACAUACUUAUAUUAUUCACAACGGAUAUACAUGUGUUUCAUAUUUGAAUCUUGUGCGGAUCGUUUCAAUUGCGUUAAGCAGAGUUAUAAAUAAGACUGCUACUUGAAUUGUUUUCCAUAAAACGGUCAAAUAAAACAUAUUCCAAACACAAAAAAAAACCAAAUUCCAAAGAAAGGUAGCGGAACUAUUUUCUUCUCAUCAACAAUGCGGCAAUAUUUACUUUUGUUUGGCGCGCUCAUAGCGCUGCUGGAUUCAGCUUACGCCAUCAAGUGUUUCGCCUGCGAAUCCGUCUACGACCCGAGUUGUGGCGAGGAUUUCGAAGUGGAGAACUAUUUCAAAUUCGACUGCGCCUUCAUAGCCCCGCCGCGGUUUUUAGAGAGCGAUCUGCUCAGCGUGAAUGCCACGGCCUGUUUGAAACGGAUUUUCAAAGAAAAUGGCGUACGCAAGAUUGUUAGAGGCUGCUAUUUUGGCGAUGUAAAUGCCACCGAUGUGGGGUGCAAAAUGGAUCCCACACUGACGGCGGUGCAGAAUAGCAGUUGUUAUGUGUGCGACAACGAGAACUACUGCAAUGGAGCGGAAGGUCCAGUGGACAAAUGGAAAAUAUUCGGCAGUCUGGUCUUGUUUCUCUUGGCACCUCAACUACUCUGAAAUGAUGGGAAAAAGCAGCUAAAAUUUGGGGCAUAAAAUGCACAUUAAAAGGCACAAUAACUUAAGUAAAAUCUAGUCCAAUUUAGAUGUACUCCCCAGGACAAAAACUAUCAAUUACCAACGCCCACAUACUUAGCACCAAACACACAACAGCCAAAUCUUCCCCACUGCAUUAAUGGUCAAUCAACGGUAAACAGGGCGUAUGAGCAACAUCAGCAAAAAUGAGCCAAAAAGCUGGCAAACAAAAUUCGAACGAUCCAAAUGCAAACUAAUAAAAAAUAAUUUUACACAGAA